AUGUCUAUUACAGGCUAUAAAAGUGAAUCUUCAUAUAGAAUUUAUGCACACCCAUCAAAUAAACAAAAGGAAGAAGUAUUAUCUCAACUAAUCAGUAGUGUAGAAACAUUACCUUCAUCAAAUGAUCAAUCCCUUCAAGCAAUACCACCAAUUAAAGAUAAAUCAUCUUUAACUAAACCUUUUUGUCAACCUCUUUCAACAAAAAAUCUUCCAUUACAUAUUAAUGCAUCGAAGCCUGUGCUUACUCUUGGUGGCCGCUGA